AUGGACUUUUCCUCAGGGCCUGGGAUGCCUGUGCCCAAAUACUGCAGCGUGACUACAACCCUGAAGACCCCUUGUCGGGACAGUGCUGCUCCUCCCUGGGACCUGUCCUACAUCUGCCCCUUUGCUCUCCAAGCUCCUUGGCUCACCAGGCACCACCUCUUCACAAGAUAUGUGUCUUAUCAUCCAUCUCUCCACAUUGCUGACCCAGAAUGGCAGGGGACUGGCUGGCUGGGAAGAGGUGGAGAUGCUGCUGACACCUGGGUCCUGGCAAGAAGAGAACAAGAUGGCUUUUAUUACCAGUCUCAGAUCAGGGCUGCUCCAGAGCUGGACAGACAGGGGACCCUGCUUGUGGAAUUUGAGGUCCCCCUUGUCACAGGCCCAGAGCAGCCAGCCCAGCAGCACAGUGUAGUCUUGGAAGAAGUCAUUCAACUCUCACCACCCACGCCAUAUGCACUACGACCUGGGGACAAAGUGCUGGCACCCUGGGAGCCAGAUGGACAGCAGUAUGGCCCUGGCACUGUUCUCUUGGGCUUGGAGACCAGAGACCCUCAGAGAGCAUCAAAGGAUGAAGAAAUCACUGUUCACUUCUGGAAUGGCAAGAUAGCUCAAGUGCCUCUAGGUGGGGUCAGGUGGGUGCCCCCAGCUGUCUGGAAGGCAUCUAUGGAGAGGCUACACAAGCCUCUCACCAGGGAGCACUGCAGCCCCCUCCUCUGGGCCCCUUGCUGUUCUCUGCUGGGGCCAGUCACUGGAUGUGUCACUUAUGAGCUUCCUCUGGCCACUCCGUUCCUUUGCCCUCCCUGCCAUCCUUAUACUUGCUGCCAGCUGCUGUACCAGGGCUGCCUGUGCUGCUGUCCUUCAGCUGGACUCACCUGGUGGCCUUUAACCUGGACUUCAGAGGUCACAGCCAGAGAACUUCCAGAGCCAGAGCUGAAGCCCACAUCACAGCUUUUGUCCUUAGAGGGUCCUAAAGAGGAGAAGGUAGCAGUGCACGCACCCAUGGAUGUUUCUCCCUCCUCCUCCUCUUCUGAAGACGAGGAUUUGGACAAUAAUUUAGAGAUGGGCCUUCUUCAAAGACUGAUGGUGAACAGCACAGUCAACGCUGACCCCAUCCUUCUUGAGACGUUGCCAUGCCAGAGUGGCUUCUGCCAGCCAGAAUGGAGGUAUUGGAGGAGAAAAGGCCCUGAGCCACAACCUAGGAAGCCAGGAACAAGGCAUUGCAAUAUCCUGGAAAAAAGAGAACACCAACUGAGAACACAGACUGUACUUGCGGGAAAGACUAAGGAGCUGGGCCUGGAAGAAACCUACAUGAGACCACCACAGACCCUGCCAGAAACCAAACAUGAAAACUGA